AUGGGGAUGGAUCCGGUCACCAACAAGCGAUGCCCUCGAGUCCGCAAGCGGUAUAACCCCAAGGAUAAAGCUUACCUCAGCCAUAUGGCUCAAUGGGAGAGGACUCAGUUAGAAGGUAUAAUGGUUUGGGAUUCUGGCAAUGAUUAUCAGCAGAAUUCGUCAACGGUGGUGGCGCCUAGUGAGAACUUGAAUGAAACACACUACGGUGGUGAUGAUAGCAGUUUCGAGGAGAUCAUGAAUUACUGGAAUAAUAUCCUUAAUUUGGCUGUUGCUGACAUUAUUAGAACAUUGGGUCCUCGAUCCAUGUUGAAAAUCCUCCUUGAUGCUGCUGGAGGUAUUGUUGUUACUAAUGGUGGAAAUGCCAUCCUACGUGAGUUAGAUCUUGCACAUCCAGCGGCAAAGUCAAUGAUUGAAUUGAGCCGUAAGCAAGAUGAAGAAGUUGGAGAUGGAACAUCAUCUAUCAUUGUUCUUGCUGGUGAGAUGCUUCAUGUUGCAGAAGCCUUUAUUGACAAAAAUUAUCAUCCCACAGUCAUUUGUCGAGCAUACAAUAAGGCUUUGGAGGAUGCUAUUGCUGCGCUUGACAAGAUUGCAACGACUAUUGAUGUGAAAGACCGUUCAACAGUGUUGGGGCUUGUGAAGAGCUGUAUAGGAACAAAGCUCACUAGCCAAUUUGGGGAUCUGAUUGCCGUGAGUGUUCUUUUUCCGUAG